AUGACAGAAGAUGCGAAGAAAGCCGUCGUCACCAUCGCGAGCAUCGCCGAUGACGUGAGCAGCGGGGCGUACUGCGAGCGCAUGCGCAUCGGCGACGUCCAGUGCCGAGCAGCGUGGCUCGGGCUGAUGGACUUCAUCCUCAACGCCAUCAGGAACAACAAGGGUGUAUCGCUUCCCGGCCUCGGCAGCUUUGCCGUGGGACGAUGUACCGAUCUUCUCCACGGGGGCGCCUCGGUUCGCGCGCCGGUCUUUGUCCUUCACCCGAAGUUCGACGUCCUGCCCCAGAAGAAGGCUCGAUUCUUCCUCAAGAAGCCCGCGACGUACACGCGCAUCAACUCCCUGGGCCUCUCCAAGCGAUGCGGCUUUCACAAGGCCGGCGUGACGCACGUGCUCAAGGAGUUCUUCGAUCGCAUCGCGACGUGCCUCGAGAACGAGUCCCCCGUCGACGUCGACUUCACCUUUGCGCGCCUGACCAACGUCCACGGCCGCGUCGAGUUUACCUUUUACCAGUCGUUCCUCAACGACUACGACAUCAUGGGCGAGGAGCAACCCGAGGUUGUGCGCAGGCGGUACCUCAAGAUCGGCGAGGCCAAGGAGCUGACCGACAAGGUCACUAACGUCACGCCGCUCGCGCAGGAAGAGGCGGCGAAGAAGGCUGCGGAGUUGAAAGCCGUCGCCGAGCGGAUCGCGCCGCAGGUUGAGGAAUCCACCGCCGAUCUGCCCGCGCCGCUUCGCAACCGCCCGCUUCACGACUCGCCCCCGACCGCGGCGACCGACCCCGGUGAUCGCUUCAUCGCCAUCUGCGGCAAGCUCGACCGCAUCGGCAGCGGAUGCAUCGAUCGGUUCGUCCUGGAGCGCGUGCUCAACGGCGAGGAAUGCCGCGGCUUGAUACGAGACGUUCGCGCGGGAUUUCUCUUCGACCUGCUCAAGGCGCACGCGGGAGGACGGUCGGGACGGUUCGUCCACUACCUGCCACUGCUCCGUGAUCUCGAGGCGGAGAACGUGGCGAUCGCGAGGGCCAAGGAGGAGGCGGCGGCGGCGAGGGAGCGCGAGCUGGCGCGGAUCGAGGAGGAGGAGAGAGUCGCCGCCGAAAAGAGGGCUCGUGCCGAGGAGGAAGCCGCGGCGGCGGCCAAGGAAAUCGCGAGGUGCGCGAUCGCCAACGUCAUCUCCAAGCCCGUGGACCCGGCCGAGUCGAUCGGGUUCCUCUUCCACUCGCAGGGAGCCGGGGCUAAGGGGCAGGAUAGGUCCCAACUGGCCAAGUUUAACAGGGAAUACGCCGCGGCGGUAGCUGCGUACAAGAAGGGGAGCGCGGGCGGCGUGACCCCCAAGGUAACCAACAACCACGCCGCGGACGCUGCGGCGACGGAGUCGCACGUGAACCAGCUCGGCGCGUUCCUUCAGAGCCAGAUGGACGAGAAGAUGCGCAAAGAAAGGGAAGAACGGGAAAACUGGGCACAGAUUGAGAACGAACGCAUCGAGCGGGGCAGACGCGAGGAAGCGGAGGCUCACGAUCAGGAGCGGGAGAAGGCGAGGAGGAUCGCGCAGGAGCUCCUGGCGGGUUGGGAGAAGCAGCAGGCGGACCGUUCAAAAAUCAAGCAGAGCGCGCGGGUGAUGGGAGAGUCGUGGCCGUUCGCGCCGGAACACUUCAAGCCCACGACGCCGCUUCGACUGUAA